CACUAAAAGAACCGGCUCUUUCGUUAAACAUUGGUCGCGCUGUAGUAUGUCUCCUGCUGAUUCAGUGGCGGUGUUGCUGUGCAUGGUAGUACGGGAAACCCUGUCAGAGUAUUUCGCCACGGUGUUCCUUCUGCAUUGGCGGAACAAUGCAGAUUCACGAACCGUUAACGGAAAUGAAAAUCAUUUGGUUCUGCUGUUUUGUUUGAAAAAUGGAACCGGUUCUUCGGUUCUCGGUUCACAACCCAAGACCUGAUUUUUGUCUUCCUUAGAGAUGGAGUGUAUUACAUGGGCUCACGCUCGCCAAGCCUUUCAGAUAACGGGACGUAAAGAUGGGGUACGACACCAGUUGCUCUCUUUAAAAUAGCCUCUCCUGUUGGAGAAUGACCCCCCCUCAGCUCCUGUCGGAAUGCCGUUUCUCUCCGCGUGCACAAGGGCCACGCGCCAGAUGGCCACAUCAUAACCGACUGUGAUACUUGAUACUAUUGCACUAAAGCUGGACCUUAACUUUGCGGAUCUGAUGGAUUUAAAGAGGGUGCUGUCCUUUCCUCCAUAUCCAGGGGAUUAUCUGCACCCAGUGGUGUACGCCUGCACUGCAGUGAUGUUGCUCUGCCUCCUGAUUUCUAUCAUGACAUACAUUGUACACCACAGCAUAAUCCGAAUCAGCAGGAAAGGAUGGCACAUGCUCCUCAACUUCCUCUUCCACACUGCCAUGACGUUUGGGGUGUUUGCAGGAGGCAUCAACCAGAUCAAGUACCCUGUGAUCUGUCAAGUGGUUGGCAUUAUCUUGCACUACUCCUCCCUCUCUAGCAUGCUUUGGCUGCUCUUCACUGCCAGGAAUAUCUGCAAGGAGGUGUCCAAGGCUCCGCCCAUACCUCAGGACAGGGACCCUCCCACACAACCACGCCCUAAAGCCACCAUUUUCAGGUUUUAUCUGGUCAGUGGUGGGGUACCCCUAAUCAUAGUGGGCGUUACAGCGGCUGUUAGCUUGGAAAACUACGGCAGCAGAGAUGACGCUCCUUACUGUUGGAUGGCCUGGGAACCCAGUCUGGGGGGCUUCUACGGACCCACUGCCUUCUUGGUCUUGGUAAUGUGCAUCUACUUUCUGUGCACAUUCGUGCAGCUAAAGCGGCACCCGGAGCGCAAGUACGAGCUCAAGGCCAUGACCGAAGAGCAGCAGCGUCUAGCCGCGGCUGAAAUCGGCCACUGCCACGCCGUCAGUGGAGAGCCAGGUGAGCACGGUGAUCACACAGGCUGCACGGCCAUCACAGCCUCUAUGUUGGCCAACGAGCACUCUUUCAAAGCUCAGCUGAGGGCCACUGCCUUUACGCUCUUUCUCUUCCUGGCCACCUGGGUUUUUGGAGCACUGGCUGUAUCACAGGGCCAUUUUCUAGACAUGAUCUUCAGCUGCCUGUACGGAGCAUUUUCAGUCACAUUGGGGCUUUUUCUGCUGAUUCAGCACUGUGCAAAACGUGAUGACGUGUGGCACCGGUGGUGGGCCUGUUGCCCCAACAAACCAAAGGUGGAAGUCAAUGGGGAAGCGGCGGGGAACGCUGUCCCCGCCACCCAAAGUCACAGCCAUACCCCAUCCCACGGGCAGAACCAAAUCCACUGCCAGGUCGACUCGUCCUGCCUGGGAAAACCUCUGCUCUCCCCGCACCUCCACUCCCCAUCGCCGCACUGCAAGUUGGGUACUCUGCCUUCCACCCAAAACCACACGAGCACCUGCUGCGCCACACUUCACAGUCCUUCCUCCUUGCUCGGGAAUGUGACCCGUCCGCAGUCCCUCCCUGAUGAACUGCCCCGGCCAACCCUUCCCCUGCAAAGCUGCCUAAAAGACAGGUCUAAAACUCGCUCCUUCAACCGACCUCGGCCCUGCCUCAGGGACUAUUCUUACCACAUGACCUCCACCAGCAUGGAUGGCAGCGUGCACAGCUCCCAUUUGGACAGCCCCCACAGCGUACACCUGGACAACCCUCUCACCUGCCACACGUCGCACUUGGAUACUCAACUCUCUUGUCACAGCCCCCAUCCGGACAACCAGCUACGCUGCCCCAGUCCUAGUCCUCACCUCGAGAGUCUGGCCUCGCACAGCCUUCACGAUAGCCUCUCCUGCCAUAGCGGGCACUUGGACAGUCAGCUCUCCUGCCACAGACACAUGUGCUGUGCCAAAGCAGACCCGUUCUCGAGCAUAUGCUGCCCUAAAGCUGAACCGUUUGUCAGCCCUUGCCAGGUGGAGGAUCCUGACAUGGGUCCGCUGAUGUACAGUUGCGCAAAAAUGGCAGAUAAACAGGACGAAGCCAUGCUGCACUUGGAUAUAACACCUCCGCGGGCACCUCUGUCGUGCUCCCAGGCCACGCUUGGCAGGAAAGGCACCCUCAGCCGGAGAGGGACACUGAGUCGGAACAGUAGUCAGCAGGAGGACUACCUACUUACCUCUGAUUCCACAGGUAACAUUAGGACUGGACCUUGGAAAAACGAGACAACCGUGUAGGCUUGUGAAUGAUGUGCAAACCUGUUUCUCUCGCCUGAGCUAAACUACUGUGUAGUCCCAGGGCUGUUACCCAAAGGCCCUCUCUUCUCUGAGCUAAGCUACUGUGUAGUCCCUCUGCUGUGACUUCCCUUUCUCACCCACCCCAUAUACCUUCUCUUCCCCUUUAAAGAGGUUUGAACCUCUGCUUACCUCUUCUCAGACUUCAUUUCAUGUCUCAUCCCUGCUCCAUUCGGUUGGUUCUCUUGCCAUUUUGAUAUGGCAGCAAAGAUCACAUGCCAUACAUUUUAAUUUGGAUGGUAUUUUAUAAUCAAACUGAUUUUUGUACAUGUGUUUUUGGGUAUGGUAACAUAAUGUGCAAUUAUGUUGUUGUGGAUGUGUGUGUGUGUGUGUGUGUGUGUGUGUUUAGCAGGUAAGAAAGAAGCGAGUGCAUGUGUUUGUGUCUAUUUGCAUGUGACGACAUGCUUGUGUGUAUAUACCAGAUAGCAAGAUUUCCAUUCGUGCAAGAUGAGUCCUCUCUUUUAGAGACAAAAUCUCCCACAUUUCCAUUUUGUAUUAUAGUAAAAAACUCUAAAUGAUUGCCAAGUGUAAAAAACACCAGCACUUAAUUAGAUUUUCACUUUUAAAGAAAACUGUGAAUUAUCACUAAGGAAAUUAAGAUUAAUCAAUGAGCAUAUAGUAUGCGAGUUAUAUGUGCCAAAUAGUACAAUAAUUAAAAUAAGACUUUUAAAACUGAGAUCUACCCCAAAGUACCAAGCAAUCUGUGAUAUGUGGAUAAUGGUGUGUGGUUGUCAAAACGAAGCUGUCAUUUUUUUUCUUCUACAGACAUAAAAACAGCAAACAAAUAGUCUCCCUGUGUUUCCAUGGUGACAAAUAAUGAAGAGAGGUACCCAGUCAGAAUGCAUUUUGAACUGCACAUGUGAUGUAUGCACAUAUACAGUAUUUAGUUACUGGCACUGAGGUGCAAUCAGUUCAAGUCAAUGGCCUUACAGAACCCGUCAGUUUUGCAUUGAUCAAAAGUCUUACGUUGCACUAAAGCAUGUUCACUAUAAUCUAGGAAGCAAUCAUUUACACAUCUAAUGAGCUACAUACAUUCAUGUGAUUGACAGGAAAGCAUCUUAGCUUACUGGAAACACUCAUGGUAUUUAUUCUGAGCCAAAUAUCGAGGGCUUCACUUUCUACGUUAGAAGAUACGAGACUCAUUAACAGCUUAUAUCACUGUGCCAACUCACUUUCUCAUAAAAAUUGUCUGAUUUGAACAUAAUUUACCCACUGCUCAUUUGACCGAUGAGCUUCCAUUAAGAAAAAAAAAAAAAUCUGCGGCAACUCAUAUUGUAAGUUAUUAUCGGCAGGGCUUGACAUUAACACCCACCAACCCGCCAAAUCUGGGUGGAUUUCAGCAGUGGCGUGGGUUGAAUUUAUAUAUAUAUAUAUAUAUAUAUAUAUAUAUA